UCCAGUUGUAUACCUAAAUGCGUACGGUACUGUUUUAAUAGUACACACGCGUAGUCACGGCCCAAUGAAUUGAUCCCGUGCGGUGCAUCCCCCCGGAUAAAAAAGAUGUCGCGCCAUCUUUGAGGGCACUCCCGCUUCCAGAGGGAUAGCCCGCGCAUUUUCGAUCGCGGACCGUCAGCCAGCGCGCAUUGGUUUUUUCUCAAACAGACCGACACACUCCGGCGUGCUACUCGACGACAAAGUUCGAAGCUCGGACGUAAAUUAUUAUCGCAUACGUCGUUUUUCUAUAAAACCGUUUAAUGCUGCCGUUUAAAAAUUUCUAAACCGGAAAUGUUAUGGGAAAUAAAAAAUAUGGGCAUAAAAUUAUGACAUAAAUAUAAACCGAAAUGUAUAAUAUUUGGACUGGAACAGGAUUAUAAUUUGCAUUAUUUUAAUACGACGGUGUUCUACGUGUUAACUGUUGUCAGUUUCAUGAGAUUGUUCAGCGGUAUUCACCGCAGAAACGUCGUUCUGAUCGCUUGUCAAAUUGAAAGCGUUCACUUUAAUUCCGUCGGAUCGGCAAAGUGCGCGAGGGAUAGUGUCGAAAUGAAGACUUGUACUCGAAUAAACUUUUAGUGCACAAACAUUGUGAAAUAUCUAUUUUUGUCGUAGAGCGCUGUUGGGAUGCAUUUUUAAAGAUAUUUUAUAAAAAUCUCGGUUUAAAAUAUCAAUAAAACUCGUAACAUAAAAUGGUUAACAACAGUGUACACGACAAUUAAAAAGAACGAUGUAAAGACGUCGCAUCGUUUAACCAGAAUUAGUUGACAUAAAAAGAACGAACAAUAAUAUUUGAUAAAAUUCGGUGAAGAACUAGAGUGUGUCAAGUACCGUCGGCUUGAUCAAAAUGUACCCCCGUUAAGGGAUCUUCCUGCUGCCGAAAUCGCUUUGGCACCAAGGGUGACUAAAUAAUUGUUUCCCUUCCCACUGAGAUUAUGGGUUUAUUUCAAGACAACAACAGUUCUUCUUCAGAUACGUUAGACAUGAGCUCGCAUAAUCACUAUUCGUUGAACAGCAAUUCGAUCAGUAACACGUCUGUCCCGCAAGAAGGCGUGACGAAGGAAAAAAGCAAAAAAGCAGCGCGUAUCCGCCGCGACCGGGAGAAUCACGAGUUCGGGGAGCUCGCCAAAUUGUUGCCAGUGCCGUCCGCCCUUACUGCGCAAAUGGACAAGGCUAGCGUCAUCCGACUGACGUCGAGCUACUUAAAGAUGCGAGCAUUGUUCCCGCAUGGUCUUGGAGAAGAAUGGGGUGCCUCGCAGCCAGGCAACAUCUCCCUACAAAUCGCUCUCAAGGAGGUGACUAGUUAUAUUUUGCAAGCCUUGGACGGUUUUGUAUUCGUCCUGGCGCCCGAUGGAAAAAUUAUGUACAUAAGCGAAACUGCCAGUGUGCACUUAGGAAUGGCGCAGGUGGAACUAACAGGAAACAGCAUUUUCGAAUACAUCCUUGAUCAAGACCACUUAGAAAUGUCGUCGGUUCUGGAGUUACCACAGAGCCCUGCGGAUUUGCCGAUUCCGCCGGCGAACGCGAGAGGUGAAAUUGAACUGGAACGUAUCUUCAUCUUGAGGAUGAAAUGUAAUUUGGCGAAGAGAUGCGCCGGCCUAGUCUCUGAAGGAUAUAAGGUAAUACAUUGCUCCGGAUACUUAAGAUGCAUCGUCGAAGGACCAGUAGAGUACGACGACGGCGCCAGUGGACAUCGAAUUCGGAAAGUUGGACUCCUCGCAGUGGGGCAUUCUCUGCCGGGACGUUGUCUCACGGAAGUGAAGCUGUACCAGAACAUGUUCAUGUUUCGCGCGUCGGAGGAUUUGAAAUUGAUCUUCGUUGAUAUGAACGUGUCGCAAUUGACGGGAUAUAAUCCAUCGGAUUUGAUCGAGAGAACGCUGUAUCAUUACGUUCACGGAUGCGACAUAGAACAGUUGAGGCAAUCUCAUAUCAAAUUACUCUGCAAGGGACAAGUAAUAACACGAUACUACAGGUUCUUGAUGAAAUCGGGCGGAUGGGUAUGGAUGCAGUCUUACGUUACGGUCGUGCGCAAUUCUCGGAGCUCCAGACCAUUCUGCAUCGUAUCAGUCAAUUACGUGCUGUCGAAAGCGGAGCACACAGAUCUGCAGUUCAUCUGCGAGCCAAAAUCUUACUGCUCGAACUCGAGCAAUCCCCCCAGCACCGUUAGUGGCAGUAGCAACAAGCUGGACAGUCACAGCCCCAGUUCCCCGGCGUAUCGAAGCAGAUCGAAGGAACCACCUGAUAACGAUUACGCGAACGGUGCCAAUUACCCUAGACCGGAAUACGUUGACCUGACCAAUCAGAAUCAGUACCUGUCGCCAUCCUAUCAACCCCAGAAUGUAAACAGCUCGCAGGAAGACAGUCUGAAGUACAACUCCGAGUAUCCGUUUUACCAAUAUGGAGAGAUGCAUCAAGAUCCCCUCACCAUGGUGCCGCAACAGGAAGCACAGCACGCACAUCUUCUGCACCACGCCAAUUCCCCAUCGAACAUGCAACAACAAAGUCCUCAGAAUGCUCAACAGAAACACCAGCAUUCUCCUCACCUGCUGGAUCAUCCGACACCUCCAGCAAGUUUACCGCAACCACAGCCGCAGCAGCCGCCGCCCCAACAACAGCAACAGCACAGCCCUCAGAGUAGCCAACAAAACAGACCAUAUUCGACUUCGUCGAGUUCUUGUUCCAGCACGGACGCUAUGGACAACCACUUGCCGAGUCCUUUGAGCGUUUACUCUGUACCGCACGGUUAUCAGCCUUAUUAUCACCACUACAUGUCCGACUCGGCACCUUCUAAUUUAAACGAAGUCGGUGGUGUGAUCAUGUACCCUAAUUGUGGCCUCAACAACGAAAAUCACAACGUCCCCGCGAACGCCGGCACGUCCAGCAAUGUCCAGCAUUACGAAUCACCAUAUCCACCCCAUCUGAGUCAUUAUAACAGCAACAACAACCCUGCGAAGCAUUCUUAUCAGGAAUCAACGCCGGCCGGAUACACCAGCGUGAUCGUAGACUCCCAACAGUACAGUCCUAGCUCUGUUCAGGGUCUAAUCCACUAUCAGCAUCAUUACGAAGCGCAUCAACAGUUCGUUCUUUAUCUGUUCAUAGUACUCUGCAAGGGACAAGUAAUAACACGAUACUACAGGUUCUUGAUGAAAUCGGGCGGAUGGGUAUGGAUGCAGUCUUACGUUACGGUCGUGCGCAAUUCUCGGAGCUCCAGACCAUUCUGCAUCGUAUCAGUCAAUUACGUGCUGUCGAAAGCGGAGCACACAGAUCUGCAGUUCAUCUGCGAGCCAAAAUCUUACUGCUCGAACUCGAGCAAUCCCCCCAGCACCGUUAGUGGCAGUAGCAACAAGCUGGACAGUCACAGCCCCAGUUCCCCGGCGUAUCGAAGCAGAUCGAAGGAACCACCUGAUAACGAUUACGCGAACGGUGCCAAUUACCCUAGACCGGAAUACGUUGACCUGACCAAUCAGAAUCAGUACCUGUCGCCAUCCUAUCAACCCCAGAAUGUAAACAGCUCGCAGGAAGACAGUCUGAAGUACAACUCCGAGUAUCCGUUUUACCAAUAUGGAGAGAUGCAUCAAGAUCCCCUCACCAUGGUGCCGCAACAGGAAGCACAGCACGCACAUCUUCUGCACCACGCCAAUUCCCCAUCGAACAUGCAACAACAAAGUCCUCAGAAUGCUCAACAGAAACACCAGCAUUCUCCUCACCUGCUGGAUCAUCCGACACCUCCAGCAAGUUUACCGCAACCACAGCCGCAGCAGCCGCCGCCCCAACAACAGCAACAGCACAGCCCUCAGAGUAGCCAACAAAACAGACCAUAUUCGACUUCGUCGAGUUCUUGUUCCAGCACGGACGCUAUGGACAACCACUUGCCGAGUCCUUUGAGCGUUUACUCUGUACCGCACGGUUAUCAGCCUUAUUAUCACCACUACAUGUCCGACUCGGCACCUUCUAAUUUAAACGAAGUCGGUGGUGUGAUCAUGUACCCUAAUUGUGGCCUCAACAACGAAAAUCACAACGUCCCCGCGAACGCCGGCACGUCCAGCAAUGUCCAGCAUUACGAAUCACCAUAUCCACCCCAUCUGAGUCAUUAUAACAGCAACAACAACCCUGCGAAGCAUUCUUAUCAGGAAUCAACGCCGGCCGGAUACACCAGCGUGAUCGUAGACUCCCAACAGUACAGUCCUAGCUCUGUUCAGGGUCUAAUCCACUAUCAGCAUCAUUACGAAGCGCAUCAACAGUUCGUUCACUGACACCAGCUAGAUGUGCCUUGCGCAUAGCGCGUCGAAACUAGUUGCAACCACGACUCGUGCUAUUGUGAUACAUCCCUCGAGGCCGAUCGCGCUCGACCGAACGGUGAUUCCGAGCAAGGCCGGGCGAGUGCCGUUGUCGAUCGGCAAUGCGAGGAUGACUUCAAAGUUAGUCUGGAAGUUAAGAUAAUAGACGCGAACAAACUCCUCAAGUCCCUCCAUCAGUGCUAGUUGGACUUGGUACAUCCUCAGAGUUAUUGUAGAGUAUUCAAGAAGAACGGAUGACAAAAAGUAAACUCGUGAACCAGAGUGUCGUAUCGAGUGAAAUUCGAAACUAGUGAAAGUGAUGGAGAAUGUGGUCAAGUACUACUUAUAAUUCCGAAGGAUUUAUAUCGUAUUUAAGAGAGUGGCUGAUAUUGUUUGACUCUGUUCUGUCGUUAUUCGGUCUUGUGCGCGUACUUUAUUCACACAUAUCAAAGUACUUAGCUCUCUCGAGCAAAGAAGAUGAACUUCGUGAUGAUUGCGCUAAUUGUUUCAGAAUCAAUAUAAGUUAAGCUUCGAGUAUCUUUGCGAAUAAUUGCAAGAUGCAAUUUUCGUUUUUGGUGGGAACGCCAUUUAUAACAUAUCUUUGAUCGCUCGUUUAUAUUUAAAUCCGUUUGAUUGCUUGUUUGAUUGCUAAUGAUACUCGUUAGAUACGUCGUUGCCGAUAAUUAAUGUUAAUUGUGUGACAUAGAACAAUUAUUUCUCUCAAUUAUAUAUUUCACUAGGAUUUUUUGGUUAAUUUAAUUUAAUAGUUGCACGAUUUACACCAAUGGAGUAAUAAAAAGUUAAUUCGAAAUUCGAAUUGAAAGAAGAAAAGAAUUUUUGCAGAUUACACGCUGGACGUGAACGGCUGAAAUUCUUAACACGCAAAAAAAAUUGACGGCGUACGAUUUUAUACAAUUUAAUUAAACGAUAAACUUGCCAUCGAAACGUAACUUAAAAACAUGUCUUUUGUAUAUAAAAAAGAAAAACUAAAGGUGAAUCAGACUAUUUUGAGAAAACCUGAAUGGAUAACGUGAGAUACUUAAACUGUAGUCUAAAUUAGUCACAUAGUCGUUCGUAGUCGUUAAGACUUAUACAUAUAAAUAAAUACACUGGAUAUUUCUUAGGUAGACCCGAAGACUGACCGGUGCUUGUACCAACCGACCAAAGAAACAUACACCCUUCUUCAAGAAGAAGGAAACAAAGAAAACAAACGGAACAAAUAUUAUCAAGUUGUUGUAAUCUUAAUUCCCGAAAUCCAGUACUUAACGAGUAGUAUUCCCAAAAUCCAGUAAUUAACGACUAUAGAGUAUUCUGGCGAUCCCAGUUACGCUUUAUCUAUUAAAGUAUUUUAUUAUUGGACUUCUAUAUAAAUAGUAACAUUAUAACGAAUAUAGUCCUUCGAGGGUGUUACAUUAACGCCGCGAGGCUAAUCGCAUGUAUAAUAACAAAAAAACACGUGUACACAUUGCCAGUUGCAGGACACGUUAUUAUUUAUAAUAAUCGAUGUAAAUUAAACGAAGUUAUAUAUAUAUAUAUAAUAUAAUUGGUAGCUGGUCGACGAUAACGGACGUAUUGUAAGAUACGAAGUUAUACAUAUACAUAUUAUAAGCGUUGUAAAUAUUGUGAAAUUGAGAGCGCGCGCGCUGCCUACCUAUUGCGAGAAAAAUAUAAUCGAUAUUUUCCUCUCA